AUGACUUGUUCACUAGACAACGGUGGACGCUGUGAUGAUCACUCAGUGCUUGCAACUCAAACCGAUGAUAAUGUUGUAACCGAUGAAUUGGACAUGAAAUCAUAUGGGACGAUCACGUUUUCUCGGAACUACGAUAACAGAGCAAAUUUCAUUCGAAUAUCACCGAAUACGUCUCACAGACAUAUUAAAAGAUUGUUUUUCGAUCAAAAUCAAAUUCAAGCAGGUUUCAAGCGCACAUCAUUGGUCAUAUCGAUCAUGGGCAGUGCAAAAGAAAGUUUUUUACGAUCAAAACUAUUACUCGUAUUUCGCGAAGGCCUUCUGAAAAUCGCUAAAUCUACGGAUAUACGAAUAGUCACCGCUGGAUUGAAUUCUCGUAUCGCCAAGUUUUUCGGUGAGAUCGUUCAAACUAAUCCUGAUCCAACUCGGCCAAUUCAAUUAAUGGGUUUUACAUCGUGGGGAUGCGUAUCUGGUCAUGAUAUACUUGAUGUUCAAGGUACCGAUGUAGUUUACACAAAACUGACAAGUGACGCCAAAGGUGAAGGACCAUUAGAACCGAAUCAUACACAUUUCGUUUUUCCUGAUGAUGGAGCAAAGCACAAACAUACAUGUGCGAUACAAUAUCGGGCUCAAUUUGAGCGAAAUCUUGCUGAUGAUGGAAUACCAGUUCUAGUCGUUGUGAUCGAAGGUUGUUCAGAUGCAAUCAGAAAAGUUCAUCGAAGUGUUGUUCAAGAUAGUAUUCCUGUUCUUUUGGUUGAAGGAACAGGUGGAUGUUGCGAUCUAUUCGCUAAAUGUUAUCAUCUCUACAAUAGUUAUAAAUUAAAACCGGACAUUUGUGAUGAAGUCAGUUCGGAUGAGUCUGUAUUAGCAGAAGAAAACGAACUUAUCAAGAAUAAACUUCGUCAUUCACUACGAAUCGUAGAUGAAGAUCUAGCGAAAACAUCGUGUACGAACGCACCACCAGAUGGAACCGACUUCUUCGAACUUAUCUACGAAUGUGUUCACAAGCAGAGCAAAUACUUGAAUUUCAUUGAUUUCAAAGGAAAUCACAUUUCUGGUGACAGUGUCGUUUUGAGUAUUCUACAAGCACUAUUUAAAGCCAAUUAUGACAACAAAUCAUCACGAAUGAGCGAAGAACAAAGACGUGAACAAUUGUAUUUAGCUUACGAUUGGAAACAAAUAGACUUCGUGAAAGAAUGCAUUAUGAUAUACGAUCAAGAUUGGAAGACGAUUGAUUUGAAAGAUUUAUUUGAUAGAGCUCUUCUUGACGAUCGAGCGGAUUUUCUGCAAUUAUUACUCGAUCAUGAUUUUCCACUGAAUGAAGUCUUCGAAAAUAACGACAAACUUUUAAAACUAUUCGAAAAUGAAAGUUUCACUUUCAACGACGAAAUCAACGGUCCAUUGAGAGCAAUUUACCAACAAAUGAUUCAACCCAUGCUUGGUCAUGUCUUUCAAGUCGAUGCUAUCUUUGAUCCUGAUGAUCAACCGACAUGUAAUACAAUAAGGUCGUUUUAUUCUGCACAGAAAUCUUCACCAUCGAUGUUUUCCGAGAUCGAUGUGAACAAAGAACUUUUUCUAUGGGCGGUUGUUACUGGAAGAAAGGAAUUAGCUUUGCUUUUCUGGACGCGCGGAAGAAAUAAAAUCUGUGCGGCAUUCAUGGCAGUAUUAAUCUAUAAAAGUAAAGCUCAAUUGGAAAAAGAUUGCAAAUACUUAAAAUGGGCUAAAGAAAUGGAACAAUUAGCAGUUGAAAUAUUGGAAAGAUUCUAUCUAGCAAAUCCUCACAAAUGUAAACAAGCUAUCAUAAGAGCAGUACAAGAUUAUGAUAAUGUCACUUGGUUACAAUUAGCUGUUAUGGCUGAAUCAAAAUUAUUCAUCGGCAAAGCAGCUGUACAAGAUGUACUUACUGAUAUAUGGUAUGGAUGUAUCGAUCGGCAUAUUGGAUAUUUGCGACUUAUCGGGUCGAGUAUUAUCUUUCCAUUCAGUGGUUUUCUUCCAUUUGUGAAAAAACCAAUCGAAGAAGACGUUGACUCAGAUGAAUCGGAUAACACUCAAGAGCAAUCCGGUAGCUUUGAUCCUUCUACUGCAUUAACUAAAUUCUAUAUUCCAAAAAGUAACCAAGAAUUAGCAUUGGGAUGUUCGAGUGUAGCUCGUUAUCAGUUCGACAGUGAAGUAAAUCCUUUGUCAAUAAAGAACCGAAAAACUGGUAUUUCCGGGUACUUUGAGAAUCUUUCAACAUUUCUACACGCACCAUGCGUGAAAUAUCUUUACAAUUUGUAUUCAUAUCUGAUUUUUCUGACAUUAUUUUCCUAUGUAUUCCUCUGUGAUUAUCAUCCAUUAUAUCGUUUUCAAUCGGGUGAAUGUUUCUCGAGAGAUGAAGAUAAUACUGAAAAUAAAUCAAAUUCAAAUACAACAACAAUAAUGAAGGUCACUCCGAAAAGAGAUAACUUGCAAAUCGAUCGUAGACCGUCAGUAACGGAAAUAAUCCUAAUAAUCUGGGUAUUUACUUUACUCUUGGAAGAAAUACGACAAAUGAAAACGAAAAAAAUCGAUUCCACUAGACGGAAACUUCAGAUGCAUUUCUCCACAUUUUGGAAUAAAAUGGAUGCGCUAUCGAUUACUCUAUUCUUUACCGCAUGUAUCAUACGAUUUCUGCCAUUCCAGCAAGGAUUUUGCAUCGCACGAGCUAUCCUAGCUGUUGAUCUAUCGUUAUGGUUUAUUCGAACACUCGAUGUGUUUUCUGCUGUAAAAAGACUUGGCCCAAAACUUGUUAUGAUCGGAGAAAUGAUGUAUGACAUGAGUUUUUUCAUGCUGAUACUUGCUUUAGUUAUAUUGUCAUUCGGUGUGCCAACUUACAGUUUAUUGCAUGGUGUUGAGGUCUUUUCGUGGCAUAUUCCACGCAAAAUCAUCAAUUUAGCUUAUUGGGACAUCUUUGGUGAAGUUCAAGCUCUCGAUGAUAUUGAUAAGGAUUAUGGACUAGAAGGUUACGUCAUGUUUUUGCUGUUAGUUGCAUAUUCGACAAUUGCAAGUAUACUGUUGAUUAAUCUUCUUAUUGCUAUGUUUAGCAAUACAUUCGAAGUUAUACAUAAUGAUGCGGAUUAUAUAUGGAAAUUUCAACAAUAUGCUUUGGUAUGCUAUCAAUCUCGACGUCCGUUAUUGCCACCACCUUUGAUCUUUGUCUCUCACAUUUGCCGAUUGAUAGUUUAUAUCUUUUCACAUAUUUUUCAAACGUCGUGGUUCAAUACGAGAUAUAUGAAGCAGAAAAUUCGAGCGAAAUUCAAGAUUCGUGUGAAUGCAACGUUAACAAAACAAAUCGAAGCGAUUGAAGAUGCAUUAGGAAAAGAAGUUUAUUUGUUUUCAUUAAAAACUUCUCGAACACAAUUGAAUCAACAUGGUGUUGCUCCUGACGAACAAGAAUAUCAAAUCCAAGAAAUAGUAUUCGACAAAAUGAAAAUAUUUGAAAAUCGAAUCCAAUCGUUGCAACAUCAGCAAGAGCAUAUCGUCAAUCAUUUGCAAUAUCUCAUGGUCAGAAGUACGAAAAGUGCUGGAAAUCAGCCACAGUGUGCACACUAA